AUGCUUAGCAAAGUGUGCAUUUGUCGAGGUGGGAGACAUUCCGAGGAAUACUGUAAGAAGAAAAAGAAUCAGAUUCAGUCGCCAUACUCACCUGGACAAAUGAAUACAGAAUUUAUCCCGAAAAACGAUGAGAUGGUGGCGGAACUUAGAGCAUUAGCUCAAGCAUCGGAUUCUAACGAGACGCCACAGUUAGUUACACCGGGUGAAGGUCGUCUACCACCUCGUACGAAUUUAAGUUACUUAAAUAAUAGGUUAACCCGGCAUCCAGGACGUCGUAAUACGUGGCGUAGCAAUUCGAGUAGAAAUUUGCAGAAUUAUAGUGGUAACAGAUUUAAUCGGACAUAUAAACCUGUGACUAAUUCGAAUAGAAUUAAUAAUAAUGUUUUUAAUGAGGAAAAUAAUAACUAUAAUAAUAGUUUUAGUCGUGAAAAUACUGUAAAUAAUACUAACUUUCCCAACCGACGUGUAACAUUUGAUACAGGUACAUACGCAUACAAAUUGCGAUUCGUCAAUUCGUCUUUAGACAGUUUGUCCACACAUCUCGUUUUGUCAGUAUCAAAUUUAUUCUAUGAAGUACUACUGUAGUACUUCAUAGAAUAAAUUUGGUUUUUUCAACACCUAA